CUUCUAUAAAAUUUUCACUUGUUCCACAAUAAGAAUUAAAUUUUCAAGACUUAAUUUCUACUUCAUAAUUUUUAAUUCUCAAUCAUGGGAAUUCGGUUGCUAUCCAUAGUGUUUCCUAAUGUCAGGCAGAUGCUGAGAGGGAAGACUGUUCUUGCAAGAAACCAUCAUCAGCAGCAACGCCAUCAAAGUUCGGACGUACCAAAAGGACAUUUAGCUGUGUAUGUUGGAGAGCAUCAAGUUAUGAGGAGAUUUAUCGUACCGAUAUCGUAUUUAAGUCAUCCGUCUUUUAAAGAUUUGCUUAAUCGAUCCGAGGAAGAGUUUGGUUUCGAUCAUCCGAUGGGCGGCCUUACGAUUCCUUGUAAUGAAGAUGAUUUUCUUGAUCUUACUUCUAAGUUUAAUGCUUCUUGAAAGUUAGAAAUAGGAAGAAGAUGAGAGUAGAUUAGUCAUUCUCUCAGUAAUUUUGUCUUCUCUUUAAUUACUUUUUGUUUAGUACUACAAUAUUUGU